AUGUCCCAAGGCACGACCGAAAGAAAUUCAGAUACCCAAAAGAGCCCGAAGACCCAGCGAGACAUCAUUGACCUUACAGGUCGUUUAGAUCAACGCCUACACCAUUUGCGCGAGUCCGUCCUCCCAAGACAGCCCUAUCUUCUUUCCGUACCGUCCGACGUCCCCUACCGACACAGCUCGCGCUUUGUGAAUACUUGGUAUGAGGGCACCCCGUUUGGUUCUGAAGAGGAGCAGAUACAAUACGUGAGCUUUCUUCCCCAUCAGGGUGAGCACGAGGCUUUACUGAAAGUCGAGGGUGGGUGGGCGGACGAAGAAGGAAAUUUCAUUCAGGAAGAGCUCUCUCCCAAGACCGUACCUGCCAGCGGUCGCAACACACCCGCUGAAGUCGGACACCGGAAGAAGAUUAGCUUGAAGGACUACAAGACGAAAGGCAAGGGUUCGCCGGAGACCACGUUCCAGUCACAGCCCUCACAGGAGGGGAAGACAGAAGUGACUGAAAGCUCCAAGGUCGAGGGCAUACCAUCUGAGCCGACAGAGGCCCCCGAGCCGAAGAAGCAAGAGAAGGCUGUCUCACCGAAACCAUCCGUCACCACGCAAGACUCCGCCACGGCCCAAACGAUACCCUCUCUCGACGGCGCGGCGUCUCCUCCUAGUCGUCCGGGGUCCCAUCUGAGAAGCCCUCCAUAUCCUGUGAAAAGAAGGAAAUUAUCACCAUUAUCGGAAGAGCCUGAGGCAGAGGAGAGGGGUUCCAAUCUCGAGACGCAGCCUCCAGUCAUGAAGAUGCCAACAUUGUUGUCACCCACACUCCCCUCUCCGGAGAAGGAGAAUGACCUGCCGCAACUGCUGUCCCCGGUCCUGCCUCCCUCACUGGCAAAAGCCAUCUCGACCUCUCCCAGCUCUGCGUCCAUCGGUAGUCCUGCGAUGGCGCCACAUCACCGCACUGACCCGGUCCGCUCCAUCCUCGCGCGUGCUGAGCUCGACCAGGAUCCGUUCAGUGAGAAGAAUGCAGUGUCCUUGGGUGGAAGCCGAGUCCGUUCAGACAGUCAGCACUCGGCACGAAGCUCAGCACCAGGUACACCCAAUGCUGCCAGGGUAGCGUUAGGGACGAAACUUCUCUCGAAGGCCGGCGUCCGGGUUGGUACUCCUUUGCAUAACGGUGCCCGAGCGAGUCCUGGCCCUCGACAGAGACAUACCAUUAUUCUCAAGUAUGGAAAGAAAAACCGAAAGCGAGUCGAGGCUCUGCUGAAACUCGGACCUCGCUCCAAGAAAGAACGGCCCAAACGAGAAGCAGUGGAUGGUCAGGCCACCCCUGAGGUCCGGUCAGGGAAAGCGAAUGUGCCGCAGCAAACCGUACGACCUCAACAGAUUCCCAAGAUUAAAACCCACGAUGACGCAACCGAGAAUGUCAAGACUGAGAAGAAACGCAAAGCAGAGGACAGUCCAGGAUCAUCCCUGAAGAAGGUAAAGACCUCAAAAUUGACCGUUGAAGUAGAGAAACGACCCACCACUCCAGUGCCUUUAAACGGCAAAACGUCUUUCUCAACUCAACCGAGAUCGGCGUUCUCAACACCCAAAAGAGAAAUGAAGUCGACAGCGAUGAGGCGGGUCGAGUCGUCCGAUGCAUUGGAUGUCCCAACACCAUCGGGAGACAGAGGGCGGGUAUCGACACCGCUGGCAGUUCCCAAACCCUCACCGCAGCCCCCAGCGUCUUUGAUGAGUAGGGAGGAAGAACGUCAACAAUGGACCAGUCUCAACAAUAAGUUCUUCGCGCUUGGAAGAAGUCUCAAGCACGAGGGGUCUUCGAUGCUUCCCAGCUCGGACGGGGACGCGAAGCCUGAUCAGUCCGCCAAAGCCGUCCUUGUCUUGAUCGAAGCACUGCUCUGUUUCAUGAUCAACAUUGCCGCGCAAUGUCAAGCCCGUCCAGGGGUGGACCCUGGCUGGAGGUCUAUCAUCCUUUAUCACAUCUUCGUCUUCCGAGCAUCAAGGAAGUUCCCACAUCUACAUGGCUUAGUGGUCCAGCUUGGAGCAGUUUGUCGGCAAUACAUUCAGAAAUACGACAUGGACCGGCUUGCACGGGAUCCGCUGCCCGAGGAUUACUGCAAUUCAGCACCGACUCCCGGGAGCGACGGUAAUACCAAGACGAAUGAAGACAGUGAGAGGUACAAGAAACGAUACGUGGAGUUCAGAGAUGAUCUCAUCCAUAACGCUCGCGAGCUGCAGACCGCCUGGCUCGAUGGGUCGCGGUAUCUCUCUAUUGAUUUGUUGAGGCGCGAGUACCCGAACACCUGGGCAAAGCGGAACCAAGACACCAGCCUCCGACUGCAGGAGAAGCUGUCGCCUUUGAAGAUCAACAAAGAUUUCUAUCUACCCAUGGACACCAAUACCACGGCUUUCGAAGCUGCACGAUUUGGCGUUUCAUUUCUUGAGGAGUGGGCGGAGAAGGAGAAGAUCGACUGGAGACCGAGAAUCGAAUUAUGA